CCUAAACCGAGUGCGGCGCCUCCGAACCGCUCCCGAUCUCAUUCACCAAUCUGUGAAUACGGUGCAUCAUUCGCUGGGUCGCUUGACGUCAAUGGGAUUGAUUCCCAUUGAAAAUCCCGGCCAAGAUCCAGUCAGUCAGGAUCCGUGAGAUAGCGCUCCUGAGCGUGUGGACCCAGCCGCUUAGCUCUGCACGGCUCCACGCCAGCCUCACGGUCCCUGUCAUCGCGGCAUGGGCAGAUGAAUCCUAACACCGGCCGAGGCGGAUCGCAUCUCAACGAUCUGAUCUGGAAAUGUGACCCCCCUUUUAAAAUACCCAGGGAAUUAAUCGUCGUCGUCCCGAAGGAGCAGUUGGAACACUAUUCCUACGUGUGGAUUGGCGGUCGGGGAGGAAAGUUUAUAAAAUGCUAUUGUUGCAGCCCUCACUGUUCCUGUGCUUGGUGAGCGGCUCCUUAAUGACCCCAUCUCGCGGUGACCUGUACACCUCCAUUGUCAACAUCCAGGGAGAAAUCGGCGUGGAAAAGAAACUUCUGCAAAACUUGCAGGUUUACAUUGAAAAUGAGAUCUAUAGAAUGGACGACCUAAAGCGAUUUUAUGAAAAAGUAAAAACACUGCAUAACAAUGUAUACCAGGAAUCGGUGACAGCGAUAUCAAACCCCCUGUUUGCCUACACCCUUAUAAAGAGAUUGCGGGUGGAUUGGCAAAAUAUUGUGUACAGCAAUGAAGCCACUGAAAAUACUCAAGCACUCAAGGCUGCUUUUGAGAAAGUCGAGGAGCAACUCCCAAAACGUGAGGACCUCAAGGGAGCUGCCAAGGGUUUGAUGAGGCUGCAGGAUGUGUAUGCCCUAAGCACAAAGGGUUUGAUCAAAGGGGAGUUCCUACAGAUAGCUGGAAGAGAGGUUUCCAGUAUCUACAGGCCAGAUCUAUCCAGCAGCCUUUCAGCAGAUGACUGUUUUCAAAUUGGAAAGGUUGCCUAUGAUUCAGAAGACUAUUAUCACUCGGUUAUUUGGCUAGAGGAAGCAGUCGAUCUUUUCCGACAAAGUAUCGGGGUCUGGAAUACUGAAGAUGAAGGAAGUCUUGAGGAUGCCCUGGAUCACCUGGCUUUUUCUCAUUACAUGAUGGGAAAUGUUGGUCAUGCCGUGAAUCUAUCUAAAGAACUGCUACAACUCGAUGCAAGCAAUAGAAGAGUUGCCAAGAACAUACUAAAGUAUCAAAAAAUGUUGGGAGCCUCUGCAGAUGCUCAACCAAAGGAAGUUGUGCUUCAGAGGCCGAAUACGACUUACCUGCUGACCAGAGACAUGUAUGAAUCACUGUGCCAGAAGUUAGGCUCCCAGCCAAAGCACUAUCAAGACUCAAAACUUUAUUGCUCCUAUGAGUCAAACCUCAGUCCACAUUUGAUUCUCCAGCCUGUGAAAAAAGAGAUUAUAAGCCAGAAGCCAUAUGUUGUAUUGUAUCACAACUUUAUCAGUGACUCGGAAGGAAAGAGGAUAAAGGAGAUUGCUGCUCCCUGGUUGCAGAGGUCAGUGGUGGCCUCGGGAGAGAAGCAAACUGCGGUGGAAUAUCGGAUCAGUAAGAGUACCUGGCUGAAAGAAACGGCGGACCCAGUGAUCAGCAAGCUGGAUCUCCGGAUCGCCCACCUCACAGGUUUAAAUGUGCAGCAGCCAUACGCAGAGUAUCUGCAGGUAACCAACUAUGGGAUUGGAGGUCACUAUGAGCCACACUUUGACUAUGCAACGUCACCGAACAGUUCACUGUACAGGUUGAAAUCGGGAAACAGAGUGGCGACGUUCAUGAUAUAUUUGAGUGGAGUUGAAGCCGGAGGGGCAACUGCUUUUAUCUAUGCAAACUUCAGUGUUCCUGUUCUCAAGAACGCAGCACUGUUUUGGUGGAACCUUCACAAAAAUGGACAAGGCAAUGCAGACACACUACAUGCUGGCUGCCCAGUGCUGGUUGGAGAUAAGUGGGUGGCUAACAAAUGGAUCCGAGAACAUGGGCAGGAGUUUCAAAGAAAGUGUGGAGCUGACCCGAAUGAGUAAGGAACCCAUCUGUCACGGGCCCUCUUGGAGUGCAAGAACCUGUGCCGUUUGUGGAGAAGAGUGGCACCACGUGUUUCUGAAGGACUCUGAGAGCGAGGAAACAUGGCCUACAGCCAAAUCUGCUUUAGUACUGAUUGCUGUAGGAGGAAUGAAGUUGAGCAGCUGUUAAACUCCAGGCAAUAAAACUCUUCAUGUGUGCAAAUCAUUCACCGUCAGAACCACAGAAGUUAUUGUUCCAUAUAUCCAUUUAUUCUGUCUCUGAAUGUGGUCAGGUCACAAAUUCCUGCUGAAGGCAAUUUAAAAUCAAGUGCACCAGACUGAAUCAACAGUGAAAAGUAAAAUGAACUAUUUUCCCAGGGCAGGAGAAAGAAAGACAAGUCCUUGAAUAAAUAAGAAUGGUGAGAUUAAUUUGUAAAAGAAACUCACUAAAAAAGACUUAAAUGGAUGAACUGCAAUUGUACAUUUCUGAGGAUAAUUUCCAUGGGAAAUUAAAUAUGAAAUGAAGAACUGGAAGAAAGCUUUUUUAUUAAAAAAAAUAACAUUAAAUGUCUUCAAUACUAUAAGAAAAGCAAUUUGAUUUUGUGAUACAAAUCUUGGCCCUUGAUCCUACCUUCAACCUUGCCUUGAAAAAGAAUGUCAAGGAAGAUAUCAAAUUUAUCAUUGCUAUUAUUUUGUCACUGUAGUUUUAUUAUUCCCUCGGCAACUAAGCCAUUCUGAAUUUCAUACUGCUAGCUCAGUCCACUGCAGGUUUCAUCACAUAACCUUCUCCAAAUGAUCUAUCCAGUUCCAUUCAAGGUUUUUUUUAGCAUGUCGCACCAGACAGUCAGCCAUUCUUGUCUGGCGUGUGGUGUCAGGAUUGGUCUCCUUUCAGAUUAACCAGGUCACGAUAUGAAUGUUCCUGACUCGACCCUUGUUUUUUUUCACGAGGCCGAGUGGCUAGCUCGACGCUCAACCCAGCACGGAUGGAAAGCGAGCUCAGGGGUGGCCCAACUUGGAUUCGAACUCGGGAACCUUCGCUCUGGAGUCCGGCACCAAUGCCAUUGCGCCACCAGCCAGCCCAUUCAAUAGUUACCCAACAUCUAUUCUCACAGCACAAUCUCCCCCCCAUUUUCCCAUGCAACCAGAUACACUUGAUUAUUUGAGAGUCAAGAAUUGUCCAUCCUUUAUAUUUGUAUUUAUUUAUUGAGCGACAGUGUGGAAUAGCCCUUCCAACCAAUCGAGCCACACUGCCCAGCUUUCCACCAACUUAAUCCAAUUUACAAUGACUGAGGAACCUACCAACUGGUAGUUCUUUGGACUGUGGGAGGAAACUGAUGCAGCCAGAGGAAACCCACGUAAUCAUGGGGAGAACACAGAAACUCCUUACAGGCUGCGAUGGGAAUUGUACCUGAGUCGCCUGCACUGUAAAGCAUUGUGCUAAUCACCACACUACUAUG